ACAGCAGCAGACUCCUCCAGUUCAGCAGGCUACAAUGGUAUCAACUGCUAUGGGAUCAGGAGCACCUACAGCAGACCCAGAAAAACGCAAGCUCAUACAGCAGCAGCUUGUUCUCCUCUUGCAUGCUCACAAAUGUCAGCGGAGGGAGCAAGCAAAUGGUGAAGUACGACAGUGUAACCUCCCUCACUGUCGAACCAUGAAGAAUGUCCUCAACCACAUGACACAUUGCCAGGCUGGAAAAUCCUGUCAGGUGGCUCAUUGUGCAUCUUCACGACAAAUCAUAUCUCACUGGAAGAAUUGUACCCGGCAUGAUUGUCCUGUGUGUCUUCCUCUCAAGAAUGCUGGGGACAAAAGAAAUCAACAAUCAUUAUUAGGUGGUGCUGCAGUAGGAAUUGGAAAUUCUGGUUCUGUGGGAGUGGGGCAGCAGACAACACCCAACAUAAAUGCUACUAACCAGAUUGACCCCAGCUCUAUUGAGAGGGCUUAUGCAGCUCUGGGGCUGACAUAUCAAGGGAAUCAGAUGCCGACGCAGACGCAGGCUCAAGUGAAAAGUCAGCAGCAAGGACAGUCACCACAGGGACUUCGCCCCAUGAAUCCCACAAAUGCUAAUCCUAUGGGAGUGAACGGAGGUGUUGGAGUUCAAGCCCAGAAUCUGCUUCCAGAUUCAAUGUUGCAUUCAGCUAUGAAUUCUCAAAAUCCCAUGAUGAAUGAAAAUGCGAAUGUUGCUAGUCUGGGGACCAUGCCAACAGCAACACAUCCUUCUGGCAUUGGAAUUCGAAAACCAUGGCAUGAAGAUAUUACUCAGGAUCUCAGAAACCACCUUGUUCAUAAACUAGUACAAGCCAUAUUUCCAACUCCUGACCCUGCAGCACUGAAAGAUAGGCGUAUGGCAAAUCUUGUCUCCUAUGCUCGGAAAGUUGAAGGGGACAUGUAUGAAUCUGCAAAUAGCAGGGCAGAGUACUACCACUUAUUAGCAGAGAAGAUUUAUAAAAUCCAGAAGGAAUUGGAGGAAAAGAGGAGGACUAGAUUGCAGAGGCAAAAUAUGAUACCAAAUGCCCCAGUCAUGCCACCAGCUUCUAUGAAUCAAGGGCCCAUGGGGCAGCCACAGCCUGGGAUGACAACAAAUGGUCCUCUUCCAGACCCAAAUAUGAUUCGCUCCAGUGUGCCAAACCAAAUGGUAAAUCGCAUGCAGACACCACCAGGAAUGAACCAGUUUGGCCCAAUAACCAUGUCGAUGCCAUCAGUUGGACCCAGGCAAACUCCUCCCCUUCCACACCCUGGACAGCUAAGUCAGACGGGGAAUAUAAAUCAGAUUGGAUUUUCCCCACGUAUGCAGCAGCAAGGGGUUGGUCAGUCUUCUGGCCAAAGUCAGUUUCUGCCACAGAACCAAUUUCCUGCAUUGUCCCCUGGAAUGAAUCCAACUAGCACACCUAUGACUCAACCUGGCAAUCAGACUCCAGCUUCUCAAGCACAAAUGACCAGCUCUUCCUGUCCUGUGACAUCUCCAGCAGUGGCUCCUGGCUCUCAAGGGGGUCAUAUUCAUUGUCCCCCCAUUCCACAGUCUGCAUUGCAUCGUAACUCUCCUUCUCCAGUACCAAGUCGUACUCCCACACCUCAUCAUACACCCCCAGGAUUGGUAUCCCAACAGCAGCAGCCACCUGCAUCACAACAGGCAACAAUUGCCUCUGCCCCUGCUGCUGUUUCUCAAAUAACAUCUUCUGGGCCACAGUCACAAACUAUGCACCCAUCUCAGAGGCAGACUCCAACACCCCCACAAGCUCAGUUGACUCCACAAGUGCAGCCUCCAGUUUCUGUUACCCCUUCUGCAGAGCAGCAGUUGCCACAGCAACCUCUUUCACAACAGAGCACAACUGCAUCUGUACCCACCCCAACAACGACACUGCAACCUCAACAUCCUACAACACCUCUUUCACAGCCAGGUGUAAAUAUUGAUGGGCAGGUAUCAAACCCACCAUCCACCAGCAGUGCAGAUGUAAAUGUUCAGCAAGCUGCCCCUGAGCAACAACAGCAGCAACAACCUUUACCUGAAAUUAAAAUGGAGGUUAAAAUGGAAGAGGAGGACUCUGAACACACAGAUCAUCAAAUAGAUGAAAAACCAGAGAUUAAAGUUGAACCCCUAGCAGAUGAAUGUAAAUCUGAACCAAUACAACAGGAGGAAAAGAAACCAGAAGUGAAGCAAGAAGUAAAGGAAGAGGAGGAAAGGCCUAGUACUCCAGGUACUCAGUCUUCACCUGCUUCUGGACAGUCAAAGAGAAAAAUUUUCAAGCCAGAAGAGUUGAGACAGGCACUUAUGCCAACUUUGGAGGCACUGUAUCGUCAGGACCCAGAGUCUCUUCCUUUCCGGCAGCCUGUGGAUCCUCAGUUACUAGGAAUUCCUGAUUACUUUGAUAUAGUAAAGAACCCCAUGGAUCUUUCUACUAUCAAGAGAAAGCUUGAUACGGGACAGUACCAGGAACCAUGGCAAUAUGUGGAUGAUAUUUGGCUUAUGUUCAACAAUGCCUGGCUUUACAAUCGUAAAACAUCUAGAGUGUACAAGUACUGUUCCAAGUUGGCAGAGGUUUUUGAGCAGGAAAUUGAUCCAGUUAUGCAGAGCCUUGGCUAUUGCUGUGGACGAAAGUUGGAAUUUUCACCACAGACUUUAUGUUGUUAUGGCAAACAAUUAUGCACAAUUCCACGAGAUGCUACAUAUUACAGUUACCAAAACAGGUAUCAUUUCUGUGAGAAGUGCUUCAACGAAAUCCAAGGAGAGAGCGUUUCUUUGGGGGAUGAUCCAUCACAACCACAAACCACAAUAAAUAAAGAUCAGUUUUCAAAAAGGAAAAAUGAUACACUGGAUCCAGAACAAUUUGUUGAAUGUAUAGAAUGUGGAAGAAAGAUGCAUCAGAUUUGUGUACUUCACAAUGAAGUAAUCUGGCCAUCUGGCUUUGUCUGUGAUGGUUGCCUAAAAAAAUCAGGACGAACCCGAAGAGAGAACAAAUUCUCUGCUAGAAGAUUACCAACCACUAGACUUGGUAGCUUCUUGGAAAACAGAGUGAAUGAGUUCCUGAGACGACAGAAUCAUCCUGAAUCAGGCGAAGUCAUUGUUAGAGUGGUUCAUACCUCAGAGAAAACUGUAGAGGUUAAACCUGGAAUGAAAGCAAGGUUUGUAGAUAGCGGAGAGAUGGCAGAACAAUUCCCUUAUCGAACAAAAGCACUCUUUGCUUUUGAGGAGAUUGAUGGUGUAGAUUUAUGCUUUUUUGGCAUGCAUGUUCAGGAGUAUGGGUCUGAUUGCCCUCAACCCAACCAGAGGCGAGUAUACAUAUCUUACCUUGACAGUGUUCAUUUCUUCCGCCCUAAAUGCCUAAGGACUGCUGUCUAUCAUGAAAUUCUAAUAGGUUACCUAGAGUAUGUUAAGAAGUUGGGUUAUACAACUGGACAUAUCUGGGCCUGCCCACCUAGUGAAGGAGAUGAUUAUAUUUUCCAUUGCCAUCCUCCUGAUCAAAAGAUUCCCAAACCAAAACGACUGCAAGAAUGGUAUAAAAAGAUGUUGGAUAAAUCUGUGUCAGAGCGCAUUGUCCACGAUUACAAGGAUAUUUUUAAGCAAGCAACGGAAGACCGUCUAACAAGUGCAAAAGAGCUGCCCUACUUUGAAGGGGACUUCUGGCCAAAUGUUCUAGAAGAGAGCAUUAAGGAAUUAGAACAAGAGGAGGAAGAGAGGAAGAGAGAAGAGAACACUAGCAAUGAGAGCACUGAUGUUAGCAAAGGAGAUAGUAAAAAUGCCAAAAAGAAAAACAACAAGAAGACCAGUAAAAAUAAGAGCAGUUUGAGUCGUGGUAACAAAAAGAAACCAGGAAUGCCCAAUGUCUCCAAUGAUCUUUCCCAGAAACUCUAUGCCACUAUGGAAAAGCACAAGGAGGUGUUCUUUGUGAUCCGUCUCAUUGCUGGUCCUCAAGCCAACUCCCUGCCUCCCAUCAUUGAACCUGAUCCACUUAUUCCAUGUGACUUAAUGGAUGGGCGUGAUGCCUUCCUUACCCUUGCUAGAGACAAACAUCUUGAGUUUUCCUCACUGAGAAGAGCAAUGUGGUCAACUAUGUGUAUGCUGGUAGAGCUGCAUACUCAGAGCCAGGACCGUUUUGUUUAUACCUGCAAUGAGUGCAAGCACCAUGUGGAGACAAGAUGGCAUUGCACUGUCUGUGAGGAUUAUGACUUGUGCAUCACCUGCUAUAACACUAAAAACCAUGAGCACAAGAUGGAGAAACUGGGCCUUGGUAUUGAUGAUGAGAGCAACAACCAACAGACAGCCACCACUCAGAGUCCUGGUGAUUCACGUCGCCUGAGCAUCCAGCGUUGCAUCCAGUCUUUAGUCCAUGCCUGCCAGUGUCGCAAUGCCAACUGUUCACUGCCAUCUUGUCAAAAGAUGAAGAGGGUUGUCCAGCACACGAAAGGUUGCAAACGUAAAACCAAUGGAGGGUGUCCAAUUUGCAAGCAACUCAUUGCUCUUUGCUGCUACCAUGCUAAGCACUGCCAGGAGAACAAGUGCCCAGUGCCAUUUUGCCUCAAUAUCAAACACAAACUUCGUCAGCAACAGCUUCAGCAUCGCCUACAGCAGGCCCAGAUGCUUCGGAGGAGGAUGGCAAGCAUGCAGAGGACAGGCAUAGUAGGACAACAGCAAGGGUUGCCCUCACCAACACCAGCCACACCAACUACUCCAACAGGCCAGCAGCCACCAACUCCUCAAACACCACAGCCUCAGCCUCCACCACAGCCUGCUUCACAGCCACAAUCUGCACCUCCUAAUAACAUGCCUCCAUAUAGCAUUGCAAGAACUCAACCUCCUGGUGCUGUGUCCCAAGGCAAGGCAGGUGGCCAGGUAACUCCUCCAACAACUCCUCAGACUGUUCAGCCACCUAUCCAGGGUCCUCCUGCAGCUGCAGUGGAAAUAGCCAUGCAGAUACAACGAGUAGCAGAUCACCAGCGGCAGAUGGCUCAUGUUCCAAUCUUCCAGAGGCCUAUUCAACACCAGAUGCCUCAAAUGAAUCCAAUACAGCCUAUGAGUGUAACACCACCUCAGAUGGCCAGAGGUCCUGGUGGGCACAUAGAUCAAGGGAUGGGAUCAACAGGAAUUCAGCAGCAGCCAGCAUGGGCCCAGGGUGGGUUGCCACAACCUCAGCAACUGCAGCCAGGAAUGCAAAGACCAACAAUGAUGUCAAUGGCCCAACCUGGACAGCCCAUGAAUAUGUCACCACAACCAGGAAUGGGUCAGGUACCUGGUACAGCUCCAUCGAAACCAGGUUCUCUGCCCCAGGCAGCCUUACAAAACCUGCUGAGGACUCUCAGGUCUCCCAGUUCUCCCAUGCAGCAGCAGCAGGUGCUUAACAUCUUGCACUCAAACCCCCAGUUGUUAGCUGCUUUCAUUAAGCAGCGGGCUGCCAAGUAUGCUGGGAGUCAGAAUCCGCAAGGCAUGCCAGGACAGCCUGGAAUGCCUCAGGGGCAGCCAGGUCUGCAGCAGCAACAGCAGCAGCAGCAGACCAUGCCAGGACAGCAAGGUGUUCACCCAAAUCCAGCCAUGCAGAACAUGAAUCCAAUGCAAGCAGGUGUCCAGAGGCCUAGCAUGCCUCAGCAGUCACCACCUCAGCAGCCUCCACCCCAACAAGCCAUGGGUGGGAUGAAUCCUCAGGCACAGCCGAUGAACAUGAAUCACUCGGGGAUGUCUCCCCAGUUCCGGGAUCUCCUGCUAAGACGACAGAUGAUUGAACAACAGCGUCAACAGCAGCAACAAGGAACAGGACCAAGUUUAGGUCCUGGCAUAGCCAAUCAUAACCAGUUCCAACAGCCCCAAGGAGUCGGGUAUCCUCAGCAGCAGCAGCAGCAGCAACGAAUGCAGCACCAUAUGCAGCAGUUGCAGCAAGGGAAUAUGGGACAGAUGAGCCAGCUUCCUCAGGCAAUGAGUGCAGACACAGGAUCAAAUUUGCAGCAGGCUUACCAACAGCGGUUACUCCAACAGCAGAUUGGAUCUCCAGCUCAACCCAAUCCUAUGAGUCCUCAGCAACACAUGCUUCCUAAUCAGGCCCAGUCCCCACACUUACAAGGUCAACAGAUUCCAUCAUCGCUUACCAAUCAAGUUCGUUCUCCACAGCCUGUCCCCUCACCACGGCCCCAAUCCCAGCCACCCCACUCCAGCCCUUCCCCUAGGAUGCAACCUCAGCCUUCUCCACAUCAUGUCUCCCCACAGACCAGCUCCCCACAUCCAGGACUGGUAGCUGCCCAGGCUAACCCCAUGGAUCAAGGGCAUUUUGCCAGCUCGGACCAGAGUGCAAUGCUUUCGCAGCUUGCUAGCAAUCCAGGCAUGGCAGGCCUCCAUGGUGCAAGUGCCACAGAACUGGGACUCAGCUCAGAUAAUUCAGACUUGAAUUCAAAUCUUUCACAGAGUACACUAGACAUACGCUAAGAUACAUUGUAGCAUUUUGGGAGCAAAAAAAACCUUAUUUUCUCAAGACUUUUUGUACUGAAGACAAUUUUUUUGAAUCUUUCUUAGCAGAACAUUUUCCCUGGAAUACAUCUGAAAUCUGCAACAGUAGUUUGUGGUUUUAAAAACACACACAAAAAAACCCAACAAAUUGAACGUGGGGGACAAUGGAAUACAAAGAAAAUAUAUUUUUGUUAUGGCUGGGAUCGUAACCAGUCCUUUUUUUGUUUUUGUUUUCCCUUCGCGUGCGUUGGGGAGGUGCUUGGGAGCGGAUAGUUAUUUGGCUACAGACCAAAUGACUUCCUUCACUAGCCUCCAAUAGGUUUUAUUUUUUUUAAAUUAAUGAAAAUAUGUAAUAUUGAUAGUUAUAAUUUACUGAGGCAAAUGGUUAACUUUUUCCCUAUUCUGGUUUUCCUCUUGUCUACUGCAAAAAAAACAAAAAACAAAAAAACAGAACAUUACCUAAACUGGAGGACAAAAAAAGGUGAAUGUUGCUUUAAAAUUACAGUGCAUAUAUAUAAAUAUAUAUAUAAAUAUAUAUUAAAGAUAAAUACCAAUUUUUCUUCCUUGGUUGGAAAGAUGUCAAUUCUUUUAAAAACUGUAAAAAAAAAAUAUUAAGAAACCCAGUCUCCCCUCCGAAGUCUACUUUUGUCCUCCAAGAAUUUUCUAUACCAGAGUCUGAACUUAAACUUCAAGUAUUAAAAUUUGUACAUGUAGAAAAGACAACUUUUUUGCAAAUAUAUGGGGGCAGCUGCCAAAUGGAUGUAGUAUAUAUAUUGUGGUUUGUUUUCUUGAAAGAUUUUUUUUGUUAUUUUUACAUCUAACAAAGGAAAAAACUAAAGAGGGUAAGAAACUAUUCCAAGGGUAAAAUUUUAACCUGAGCGAAAAUCCCUGGGGUUUCUUCUUUAUGCUUGCUUUCUCUUUCCCUCCCCUCCCUUUUUCUCCUCUUCCAUUUUCUGUAAAACUUGAAAAUAGAAAGCAAAAAACCCUCAAAUGUUGUAAAUCAUGCAAUUAAAGUUGAUUACUUAUAAAUACGAACUUUCGAUCACUGUAUAGACUGUUAAUUGAUUUCUUAUUACCUAUUGUUAAAUAAACUGUGUGAGACAGACUGGUUUUUUAUGCUUCCCUUCUUCUUUUCCCUACGGUUGGUGCUUAUUUUACAAUGGGGAAAGAAGAUGGUAUGCUUUUACAGACAACCUAUGGAAAUCCAAUUAAUGUACAUAUACUUGUGUUUGGUCUUUUUUAAAGGUGGGUGUUUUGGACUGUAAUGAAGAUGAUCAAUGUCCAUUUUGCUGUCCCUUUGUAUGUGCUUCUGUUUGUGCUUUGGAAAGUACAGAAAUAUUCAGGUGGGAUGCCAGUUGCAUAUUUGACUUGGUUGCCCUUCAUCCUCAAGCAAACAUGUUCAGUGUGGGAGUUUUUGAGCUAUGCAGGCUUACCCUUCUGUGAUUCAGGAAGUUGCUCUGCCCUCUGAUUCAAGAAUUUGGAAAGUAAUGAAAAUUUCAGGCACAUUGACUACUCCAGCAAUUACAAUUAUACAAGGGAUCUGCAGAGAUAUCUUAAUUUCCUUGGAUGUGGGUGGACCUGAGAAUCUGAGGAAGUUUUUGCAUUGUUAAGUACUAACACAUGGAAAUCCUGUCAUCUUGGUGUCUACAUGUGCUAGUAAAGAUAAGGUCUUCUAAAUUAUAUAUGGCC